AUGAAUUAUACAUUGGUAGAGUUUGAUGAAGAGACAAAGUUCGUCUCUUCUUCGGUUCAGUAUGUGCAUUCAGUGAUCAAGAAUGCUUUGACAGAGAGAGGUAUUGCAAUCAUUGGUUUGAGUGGAGGCACGUCACCAAAGCCGAUCUAUGCUCAGUUGACUACGGUACCAGCCGCAUCAGAGAUCGACUGGAAGAAUGUCUACUUCUUCUGUGUCGACGAACGUUAUAUUGAGAAGACAUCGGCAGACUCGCUCUAUCAUCUGGUUGCCAACACAAUCUUUAAUACCGAGGCCAUGCGUGCACUCAUUGCCGACCACUUUAUAUGCCCCGAUACAUCACUGCCACUGGAUCAAUGCAUCAAGGGUUAUGGACAAGCACUGCAGACUAUAUUCGCACGUGGAUCUGGCCAUGCCGACCUCGUCACACUGGGCAUGGGAGAGGAUGGUCACAUCGCCUCGAUCUUCCCAACCACCGACGACCAGCCAGCCGCACCCUCUGACAUUGUCUAUCACACGACCACAACAAGAUUCGCUGUAUUCGACAGGAUCACGACCAACAUCAACAACCUCAAGGAAUCAUCCGCCAAGCUCUUCUUCAUGAAGGGUGCCAACAAGAAGGUUGUCUGGGAUGAGAUGAUUGCUGCGCCCGAGAACACCAGACGUUGGCCAGCACAGGCCAUUGUCAAGUCUGGCAAUACCUUUGUCUAUUACCAGAAGUAA